AUGAUAUUUAGAUUAUAAUUCAUUUUAAUUAUAACAAAGCAGAUGAGUUCCAUACAAUAUCCAGAUUUGGAGAAACUCACAGUGAAGAUAAGGCAGGUUUUGUAAAAGGCUUAAGUGCAAUUCAACGAUCGACAAUAAGAAAUUUAACAGGGCUACAUCGAAGACCUGAGAUAAUACUGUAAUAUUGUGACAGUGUGCGAAGCCUAGUUAAUCCUGAGUUUGGGCGAGUAUGAUCUAGCGUAUUUGGGAGAAGUGAUAAAAACUCUAUCUGGAUAUCACUUGGUGAUCCUGAACAAUCUGCUAUUGUGGAUUCAAUAAUUCCAAUUGCAUUUAUCUCCACAUCCCAGGAGCGUGCCUUUCGAAUGUUUGAUACAAUAGAGCAUAAAGGAGAAACAUAAGGUUGCCAAGGUCAAUCAAAGUCGAGCAAGUAUUGAAAUGUCAUCAAUUGGCGAUUUUAUCCACAAACUGUCGAUUAAUAGUAAAAACAUUAUCGAUUCGCAUCCAAGUCCAAAGGAGGUUCCAUAAGGAAUGCAAAUUGUGGAGGAGGAAACAGAAAAGAUGCGAGAUGCAAUUAAAAACAAUCAAGGCAUGCUAAAAAAGUUAUUGAUCUAGAAAAAGAAGGUUCAUUAAGAGGUCUAAACGAAUAUGAGUAGCUUAGAUAUAAUGUUUUUAUAAGAGCAAAAUUAGGAACUUAAACAAUUAAUUGACACAACAAGUGCAAACUAUGAAAGAAGAUUGAAGGAGGAAAUAAUAAAGUAUCAAGAAGCUAAAAUAAUCAUGAAAGCAUAAAAAUCAGAAUUAGAUCAUAAAAUAAGUUUGAUUGAAGCACAAGGAAGUGAAAUAUUGAAAUUAAAGAAUAGAAAAUAAGUAAAUAGUUUAAUCAAAAAAUUUAUAUAAAUUCCAACGAUUGAAGAAAGAAACAAAAGAUUUAGUAUAAGUUAAGAUAAGAACAAUAGAAGCAUAGUGUUCUCCAAUCAAAAAAUCCGAUCUACUUCUCUACCUAGAAUUGAGAGAAGCUUUGAAAGUUUUAGCAAAAAAUUAGACUUGCAAAUUUCAAAAAAUUCUAUUCCAAAUCAAGAUAGCAAAUACUUGUACUAAAAGUUGAUGUUACCUUAAGAAUAGAUACAAUUUCUUAAGGCUUGUCAAUAUGUUGGAUUAUAAUACCCUUCUAAUUUAUUUGAUAAUCAAGAUGGAGGAGAAUCACCUAAGUAUAAUUAAUUUAUCAAAUUAAUUUAACAACUUAAAGUGAGACAUUCGUAAUGUAUGCCAAAGUGUGAUCAUUUAAAUUUUUUAUAAUGA